AUGUCUUUCCCCGUGGACAAGAAAGAGUCUGUCCUGGCUGAAGACAAUGUCUCAUCGGCAGAAGGACAAGUUGAUACCUACAACCGCAUGCCUGAGUCCCUUCGCAGCCUCAGCAACGAUGAUUUCAACGCCCUCAACAAGAAGAUCAUCCGUAAGGUUGACCUCUUCGUCCUCCCCACGAUUGGAAUUUUGUACAUUUUGAACUACGUGGAUCGCCAAAACUUGAGCUCAGCAAAGCUUCAGGGUAUCAUGGAAGAUCUGAACAUGUCUUCUGAGCAAUUUGCCACCGCUAUUUCCAUCCUGUUUGUCGGCUAUCUGCCAUUCCAAAUUCCCAGCAACCUCAUCAUUACAAAGAUCUCCCGGCCAGGAAUGUACAUCUGUGGUGCUGUGGCGAUCUGGGGUGCUAUCUCGGCUUGCACAGCGGCCGUCACGACAUAUGGUCAACUCCUCGCUGUUCGGGCCAUUCUUGGAAUCGUUGAAGCCGUUUUCUUCCCCGGGGCCAUCUACUACCUCUCUGCCUGGUACACCAAGAGAGAGCUAGGAAAGCGUAUUGCCGGGCUGUACAUUGCCCAGCAAGUCGGCAAUGCAUUUGGUGGUCUCUUCGCCGCCGCUAUCCUCCAACUUGAUGGGCAUUAUGGAAUCCGCGGCUGGAGGUGGCUAUUCAUCAUCGAGGGCAGUGCCACUGUCGGCAUAGGCAUCAUCUGCGCUUGCAUUAUGCCAGAGUUCCCCCACAACAGCCGCAUCCUGUCCCAGAUUGAGCGUGAGUGUGCCGUGUGGCGUAUCGAGUCCGAAGCUGGUGCCGCAGAGGGCACAGAGGAUGGGAGCGUUUUGAAAGGGUUCGCCAAAGCUCUCUCGGACCCCAAGCUGGUGUUGCUCAUCUUUUGCAACAUGCUAUCCCAAACACAGGGCUCCAUCGCCAAUUAUUUCCCCACCCUCGUCAGCUCGCUCAACUUCUCCAGUACCGUCAGCUUGCUUCUCACGGCACCCCCCUAUAUCCUCGCUGGCCUCGUCUACUAUGUCCUUAUGUUCUACUCUGAUCGAAAGAAUACCGUCUACCCAAUCAUCAUCCUCUGCAUUGCCAUCUCGAUCCCAAUGUAUAUCAUCCCGAUUGCGACUACGAACAUCGGCGCUCGCUACUUCUCUAUGAUGAUCCUGCCUUUCGCCUCCGUCGGUCCUCAGCUCCUCUUAUACAAGACCAUCAACCUGCACCUUGCGCGGCCCGUUUCGAAGCGAGCCGCUGCUUCUGCUCUGGUUAACGCCAUUGGUGGUACGUCCAAUAUCUGGGCCUCAUACUUAUACUUCGGAAAGCCCCAUUUUUAUGUUGCAUUUGGCACGCUUAUGGGUGCUGCUGUAUUGUUUGGAAUCACGAUCACUGUAUACCGCUGGCUGGUCUUGCGUGAGAACAGACGUCUGGACUCUGGCGAUCCCGUGGAAAUUGCCAAGGUGAUCAAGGGCGGUGUCACAGAGGAAAUGGUACAGCUCAACUGGCGCUACGAAAUGUACUAA